AUGAAAGUUUUAUUAUUAUUAGUUGUUUUAUUAGCUGUUAUUCAAUAUUCCGUUGCCUCCUUUGUUUAUGUUCAAAGAUUUGAUGGUGGCUGUGGUGAAACUGCUGUUGAUGGUCAAUAUAUCGAAGAAAACUAUUGCGACUACAAUCAAAUGUUUGGUUGCUCAGCAGAUGGUACCACUAUUUUUGUAACUGAAUACGAUAACAGAGGUGACUGCCAUGGUCGUAUGGUUCAUUCAUGGAAUUUCACUGCUGGUGCUUGUGCAACUGAUAGAAAUAAUAAUUCAAUCACUGCUUCAUGUGUUUCUACUUACGAUCUUCCAUCAAAUUCAUUAGUUAGAUUCGACUAUGUUGGUCAAUGCAACAGCACCAACUGGAAGAAUGAAAUUACUAAUGUCUUUUUCAAUGAAAUGGGUGUUUGUACCAACUCUAGAGAUCCAAAUAAUCAAGUUUCAUUCAAUGUUCUCUGUUCAUCCACUGCUAAUACAAUGACCCAACAAGUUUUCAAAGGUGAUGGUUGUACUGGUACUCCAAUUAAAGAAAACACAUUCCCAAUUGAAAACAAAUGUGGUUGGUGGUCAAAUUCUAUCACUGUUUGUAAUGCAUAG